UUAAAAAGUUAGCACCCUUUGGGGCUUAUCUUGUACCACAACGGUAAUCGUCAUCUGCCUUGCUUACGUUUCCUUUCUUGAAAACUUUGCGCUCGCUACUAUCCUGUCGAGAAUGCUCUGUCACGCUGGUGACGCGCAUGCCGUUCGUGACCUGGAAGUACCGGGCACGCAGCGUAAAAAAAAAAAAAAAUGAAAGGCGCGCAAGACAUGACGAUUGUUGUUGUGUGACAAGAUAAGCCCCAAAGGGUGCAAACUUUUUUAAGAGUGAGGGCGGCCAGAGCUUCAGCAACGAGAUGCUCGCGAUAUGCUCUCGUAAGUCUGCCGGUGCUGUGACGUAGCGUCUGGACGAACGGGCCAACGGACCUGACAGUCGGCUGAACCAACACCACAUAGACUUGUUGGAUGAACACGGUGACGACAGUUGAGCACAUGACAGUUCUUCGACUGGAACAGCCUCAAAAAGACCAUUUUUCUCCCGAGUAAUCAUCUGAAGAUACCUGCGAUGCCCCUCCGAGUUUCGGUGAAGAAUUCCGCCAGCGCGUAUAAGCGUCGACACCGCUCCUUCCAUUCGGACAAGUGUUUGCAAGAAGCCCGGGCAAAUGCCUUUGAAAUUCCGAAAGACGAAAGUGGAAAGCCAUAGUGGGCACCACUUAAAGAUGGCCCCCACAAUGAGGAAUCGCCUAUCUUUCACCUGUGUUUGGACACACAAGCCUGGUGAUGAUGUUGAAGCAUUUAUGGCAGCAUACAUGCAGUUCUUUGAAGUACACAAGGUACAAGCAACGUUGAACAUUGGGCGAUGUCGGCAGCAGAAGACGUACAAGAGUGACUGUGAAGACCCAAUCUGGCUGGUUGACAUCAGCCUUAAUCUAUACUCACGAAAGGAUGAAAAUCAGCUUGAGUCAUUGAGUACAGAAAUAGCUCGACAGUGGUGCACAAGCGGACUCCAGAAUGAGAGGAUGUCUAGGUACUUGCAGUGGCUGCAACCUGACCGCAAAUUUGGCUUUUGGCAUGGCUGGUAUGCUACUGAACAAGACAUCAAGAUGAACUCCAUAGCAUUUGGCACAUUCGUUGGCCUGAACAUGUUUGCUGAACGUCAUGCCAUAGUCAGUAACUCCACUGGCAAAGGCUACAACAUAGACUGCACAUUCAAGCAUGGUGAGAUGACUGUGCAGGUGUUCAUUGAGUUAAGCCAUUGCAUGGAAACGAUAGAUCUCUACCGGCUAAGCAUGUCUUACAGCAACAUAUUUCGUGUGGUUGUGCAUGACCCCGACGGUGGGUCCACGGAUGUAUUUCUUCAUGUGCACACUCUUCCCUUGUUUCACAAGGCAGUAGGCAGUAUGAGUACUUUUCAUUCUAUUCGUUCACAUGCCAAAAGACCAAAGUCUCGAGAUCAAAUGGACUUCCAGAGAACUUUGAAGAUUGGAUGUGCGCAGUGUGAUCAAAUUUUAGAAAGCAGAGAUGUGGGUGGUUGUUUUGUCAUCAGGCUGAGCUUCAAUGACAGGCACAAGGCGCGGCGCACUGUUGGCCGCCUAAGCCGUAGAUGCAAGAGAACCCGAUUUGUUUUUGCGCCCGUAAAAACUCAUCCCAUUGGCAGAAAAGCUGAGGAGUUAAGGCAGCAGUUGUGCUCAAGGAUCAUGCCCAAGCUCAAGUUUGGGUGCUGUUAUGCACUCAAUGCCCUCAUCCAAAGGAGUGAUGAUAUUAUUGUGCAGCUGAUGCUGUUGAAGAAGUGUGAACUGGACACUCUCUUGAAUGACCUGGAAUCGUACGCAUCUCACAAUGAAGGUGCUCUUGAAGAGGUCCUGUUUAGCAUCGGCACUGCUCUUGAGAACCACAGCAAUGUCACCUUUGCUGUUGUCUUGCCUGAACUGUUCAAAAAGUUCUGCAAAACAUAUCUGCCCACUAACGUGCCACGGGGCUCCUGCCUUGUACGACGACUGUUCGUGACACCGUCUCGCAUCUUUUUCUUGCCACCUGCUCUGCACGCUGAGAACAGAGUGAUACGCAGGUUUGAUGUGGACUAUGCGCUUCGAGUUUCCUUCCGCGACGACCAUUUCGAACUUUUGUCAUACACCCUGGGAUCUCAUGACAAGAGGCUUGUGAUGCUGAACGAAGUGGUUGGUGGCUUCCUGCGGGAUGGCAUCAAGAUUGGUGACCGUCACUUCAGGCUUCUAGCCAGCUCUGUAAGCCAACUUCGAGACCACGGAGUUUGGCUCUAUGCAAAUGACUGUCAUGGAAAUUCAGUGGAGUCCAUACGGGCCUGGAUGGGGGACUUUGAUGCGAUCCCCGGCGUUGCAAAAAAGAUAGCACGGAUGGGCCAGUGUUUUUCGACAACAGAAGAGUCUGUCAUUGUGCCUCUUCAUGGCGAAACUAUGCAGGAUGCACCAGAUAUUGAAGGCGGCGUGCACCCCAUAUCCGGGAAGCCCUAUGUCUUCUCAGAUGGCAUUGGCAUGAUCUCCGAAUCCCUCAUGAAAAAGGUCUGUGCAAAGCUGGACAUGGUGCACGUUCCAUCUGCCAUCCAGAUUCGCUAUGCAGGCUACAAAGGCAUGCUGUGUGCAAAUAAUGCUCUACAGGGGGACAAGCUCAUUCUGCGCAAAAGCAUGAACAAGUUUGCCUGUGUCACAUCAGCCAACAUUGAGGUUAUCAAAGUGUCUGCCCCCUCACCAGUGUUCCUGAACCGUCCUUUGAUCACCAUUCUGGAGCAGCUGGAUGUUCCCCGGCGGGUUUUCUUGCACUUGCAGCAGAACAUGCUGCUUCAGCUGUGCGAUGCCCUUAUCAACGAUGGUGCAGCCCUGCGAGCACUUGGCACCUACGCAAACACCAGCCUGCCUUUUGCCAAGCUGCACGUGAAUGGGAUAUCCCUGAGUCGGGAGCCAUUCACUCGCUCAAUGAUACUGGUUGUCUACGAGAGCAUAAUUGCUGGGCUAAAGGAAAAGAGCCGGAUUGCCAUUCUUCCAGAGAAGGGCCGCAACAUGCUGGGUGUUCUCGACGAGACUGGCACUCUCGAGUAUGGCCAAGUGUUUGUCCAGUUUACACAUAUUGGUGUUGACCUCCAUAAUGGGGCACCAAACUCUAGUGACAGCAACAGAGGUAGCACCCAAGUGCUCACAGGUACCGUGCUGGUGACCAAGUGCCCCUGCCUGCACCCCGGUGAUGUGCGCAAGUUUGAGGCAGUUGAUGUGCCUGCCUUGCACCACAUCAGAGAUUGCAUUGUGUUUCCAGCCAAAGGCCCCCGGCCUCACCCCAAUGAGAUGGCUGGUUCAGACCUUGACGGUGAUGAGUACAUUGUGAUUUGGGAACAAGACCUCUUCUUUCUCGGACCAAACAGACAGCCCAUGGUGUUCAGCGACACUUCUGUCGGAGCUCCCUCAACUGGAAACCUGGACAGUGACAUCAUUCAGUUCCUGUGCAAGUACAUCCUUAAUGACAGUGUAGGUGUCAUGUCUAAUGCACACCUGGCCUGGGCUGACCUGCUUCCAAAUGGAAUUUUCUCUUCCACCUGCCUUGCCCUUGCCGAGAAGAUCUCUACCUGCCUCGACUUUGCAAAGACUGGCAUCUCUGCAGAACUCAGUCGACACGAACGAGUCCAGAAGUAUCCUGAUUUCAUGGCCAAGAGGGGAAUCAAGCCCACUUACCGGUCUGCAAGGGUACUGGGAGAGCUCUACCGCCUGAACAAGACACUGAUCAGCAGCACUUCUCACACAUUUAUCGUGACUGAUUUUCACUGCAACCUGUUUAAUUAUCCUGGAUGGCAGAAGCACCGGCAUGCCGCAGAGAAGGCCCGGGAUCUUUAUAAGUUCAUGAUGCUGAAGAUCAUGGAUCAGUAUGGCAUUGAGAGUGAAGCUGAAGUGGUAGCAGGGGUCAUUAACAGUGUCUCUCGCUACAACAAGAGCAAACAGGACAAAACCAGUGUGGAAACCCUGGUCUCUAAGCAAUACCAGGAGGUCACUGAAGUAAUGCAGAAGCAGUUUGUUGUGGAUGUUGAGGUAGCCUCUCGGCAAGAUCAAAGCCAGCGGACAACGUUGCUGGAGAUGGCAUCUGCCUGGUAUAUGGUGACCUGCAGUGAUGAACAGUUCAAAGAGCACAGCUUGGGGCUUCCAUGGUGCAUCACAGACAGCCUGUUGCUGCUUUUGAGAGAACGAAGCGGUGCAAAACCGACAGACAAACCAGUGUCCCCGAACUUGUUGGCUGCAAAGAUAAAUCAGCACAUCUGUGGUCGUUCGCCCCAGGAUGAUGCAUUUGACAUGCUGUGUGCCUGGGCACGCAAGGAAGAUUUGUUGUGCGAUACUGCUACAAAGGCUUCCCAGGUUUGUAUGUCAUGCUUCAAGCGGGCUUUCCAGCAAUUUGUGUCUAGCGGCCAAUGUUCAACUGAAGCGCCUGUAGUACCGAACUGCGUCACGUCUCAGGGAGAUUCGGCCAAAUGUGGGCAGACUGCUGGCGACUACGUUAGUGGGUUUCUUCGCUACCUCACCAUGGCACUGACAGGGCUCCCACUCUGCAAUGAGUGCUGCUCACCUUCUGGUCAAGUGCACAAGCUGACGUUGGCAGCUUUGCACCGUUACUCUAGGCUGGCUGUAUCGAGGGAUGUCUGCUGUUUUGAUCUUCCUUGUGACCCCGAGCUCCACGACAGUACAGAGGACGUACAAGAAUCUGAUCCCAUCCGGAUAAAUAUUCAAGACACUCGGUUCCUGGACAUGCUGCGAGAGCAGGAAGACUUGGUGAAGCAACUGCUUUGCCGGUGGUCGGGUGUGGAGGAAGUGAACAUCAGCCUCCACAGCUACCGUUCGCACAAAUACCAUUAUUUCAUUGUCUCGGCUGUUGGGCGCCAGUGGCAGCUGUGUUGUUUCGAUGAACUGAUAGCACAGCCAUGGCUUGAGGAUGCCAUCAUCAACAGGAGGCUGGGUUAGCCUACAACUUCACUCUGACUUAUUUUCUUACUCUAUGAGCAUAGUGUGCAAUUCUGGUUACUGCCAAAGAAAGGGCUAGAGAAUGGCCCUGUUUUAGAUUAGCCACUCUUCUGACUGUGAUCAUAUUUUGCCCUUCCUUCCCUGUAAUGGUCCUUGUUUGUUUGGCCAUUGAGGCUACACCUUCAUACAUGUACAACUAUUGCUGAAAGUAGCCACGGACUGGAGUUGGCCACCAUCAUGACAUAGCACAAAUUGUGGGUUCCGAGCUGACUGGUGGCAUGCUUUCUUUUCCUUUAAUUUUGGUUCUGAGAAAAUGUCACAGGCAUCUCAUUUUUUUCUUGUUAUCAAUGAUUCCUGGCUCUUUGUUAUGUUCAUUCAUUUAAUGAGCGUCACAUUCCACCCUGUUUUGUUAUUCCAUAUCUUGCCUUGGCAAAGAUGAGCCUGCCACAAUCCUGGUGUUAUUGUAUUGCAAUGUUCACAUAGCUACCAAGAGUGAGGUCUGCUCAUCUCAUUUUAGCACCGUACAUUAAAUACUUGUACUCAAUGUUAAGCUCAGAAUUACUUUUUGCUACUUUUAUACAUUUUCACCUUGCUUCAAUAUCAUUUGAUUCUUUCAUAGGGAAGUUUACUUAAAGUUCAUGUUUACUUUUCCAAAUGUGGCACAUUUCACUGGACACUUUAGCAUGUUGUCAAUACUAGAAACCUGACGAGCAUGCAACAACUCAAUGCAAAAAACCAGAAAGACUUGGUGUAUUAAAACUGCUAGUUAAUCUUUGUGUUACCAGUGUUUUUGUGCAUUUCAAGAACUAGUGUUUGUGUGAUUUUGAAGGAUUUUAUUAAUGUUC